AUUAUUCAAUGCUUGUAUUUGCGUAGUUAUUUAUGAGUAUCUUUUGCAUGUUUAAAGUUUUUGGUUAUCUUAAAUAUGUAUGCGUAUCUUUUGUAUGUUUAGAGUUUUUGAGUAUUAAUAUGUAAUGAUAACGUUACAUUUCUGAGGUGUUUUGCUCAGUUUUUAUUGCACUGAGAAUACUCCUAAAAACGAAUUAAAAAACGAAUGUGCUGCUCACGCUAUACAAGACAGCUUGCGUUCACGGCGGAGUACAGCGCAUGCGCACAGUACACUGUUGCCGUCAAUUUCUGACGGUUUAAAAUCUGAGCGGCAGCGCUUCCUGUUUGAAGAAGUUUGGGUCGAACCCUUGGAGUUUUGAUUCAUGACAUGUGAAUGUAGCUGUUAUGCUCUGUCGACUUUCUAUCAUUUUUUCACCAUAAGGUGUAUGUGAAAAGGAACGCUCAGAUUUAUUAUUUUGUAACCCACAUCGGACAGAUACUGUACUGUUCACCUCAGCAAGGAAAAGGCAAAGCAGCACGAUAGCCGGUUCUCUGCGCUCUUGUAGACCCGUUUACGGUCCAGAAUCUGCGAAAGAGUUCAGGUCAGGAAUAACUGCCAGAGUCCAGGUGUUUGCUGACAUUGCCCAGAAAGUAUGUCCAUUGUGACUGUGCAGCUUGGUCAGUGUGGUAACCAAAUUGGCCAAGAGCUGUUCGAUGUUAUUAGCAAAGACUGUCACAAUGCACAAGGACAGAGCAACAAGACAGAAACCGAAGCCUACAAAGCUUGUUCACAAGAGAGAUUCUUCAGUGAGGACCAUAGAAAAGAUACACCUUCAGCACGGGCAGUUCUUGUUGACAUGGAACCUAAAGUCAUCAGUCAAGCCAUUGCCACAGCUGCCAAGUCUGGCAUUUGGAAAUAUGGGGAACAGUCUUUCUUUUGCCAGAAACAAGGAUCUGGGAACAACUGGGCUAAUGGUUUCUGUGUACAUGGCCCACGACAUGAGAGAGACAUCAUGAACUUGGUUAGGAGGCAGGUGGAGAAGUGUGACCGACUGAGUGGAUUCUUCACAAUGAUGAGCCUGGCAGGAGGGACAGGCUCAGGACUGGGAACAUACAUGACACAAUGUCUGCGAGACACCUACCCUCACUCUUUCAUUCUCAAUCAGGUCACGUGGCCAUAUGGAACUGGAGAAGUAAUUGUUCAAAAUUACAACUCCGUUUUAACCCUGUCUCAUCUUUACCAGUCAUCUGAUGCCAUUCUCGUGCAUGAAAAUGAUACUGUCCACAAGAUCUGUGCACAGCUUAUGAACAUUAAACAGAUUUCAUUUAAGGAUGUCAAUAAAGUGAUUGCCCAUCAGCUAGGGAGUGUGCUGCAGCCAGUUUGUACGAGUGAUGGGACUGCCGAAUACAAGAGAAACCCACUAGGUGACCUGAUGGAAACUAUGGUUUGUCAUCCAGAGUUCAAAUUAUUGGGACUCCGAAAUAUCCACAAGAUGUCUGAUACCGCUCUUGCCUAUAGUGCUUUUACUUGGCCUGGUCUACUGAAACACUUGAGGCAAAUGUUGAUUGCUCAUGCUAAAAUGGAAGAAGGUAUUGACUGGCAGGUUCGUCCUCCUUUGCCUGGAUUGCCUGCAGUUGAGAAGUUUACUGGCAAUAAAGAGUCUCGUUUUAACACAUCUUUGUCAAAUCUGCUUAUUCUGAGAGGCAAAGAUGUACAGUCGGCAGAUCAAGGAGCAUUUGCAGAUCCAGCUCUUUAUACAUCUUGGAGACCACCAGGUUCCAGCAUCACUACUUGGAGAACACCAAUAGCCUUUAACAGAUAUGAGAAGUUGGCCACUCUUGUCAGUAACAGCCAGCUGUUACUGAAGCCACUGGACAGCAUAGUGGGAAGAGCAUGGAACAUGUUUGCUUCAAGAGCCUAUGUUCACCAGUAUAUAAAGUAUGGCAUUUCAGAAGGGGACUUCCUGGACAGCUUCACUGCCUUGGAGCAGGUCAUCUCCAGCUAUUCAAACCUGUGAUCAAGUUACAUGUCACUGAGGAUCAGUCAGUGAGUGUGCAGCCUGAUAUGGGAACCUCUGGUUUUUAAUCUCUAGAUUCUUUUUUUGACUGAUAACAACCUAAAGCUGGAGUAAUACUUAGACUCGGGCCUUAUUUGAUACAACAUGGUAAGCAGUUCGGCAAUGCAGGAGCUCAUCUUCUGUUCAGCUCAGAGGUGUUGAAUGCCGAUGCUGGUCAAGGGUUUCAAAUGUGCUGCCUGUUAAUGGGAACUUUGAUUAGCUGGGAAAAAUAAGGUACAUUAAUGAAAUUUAUUUCAUCAAGCAUCCCACCACAACCAGUUCUAAAGUAUCUUGCCUCAUUUAGAUGAGACAAUAAAAGCUGUUCAUCAAAGAUGGAUUUCCAGUUUAGGAGCUUGUCAUCUCCAAAAUGAUGUAUGAAAUGAUACAGAAGCAAAGCAAUAGGUGAUGCCAUAAUAUCAAAUCAGUUACAAAAGAAAAAACUACACAUUUCUUCCCAUUUUAUAGUUUCUUUAUACUUUGUGAAGGCAGGCAGUGGUAUGGUGGUUAAGGCUUUGGACUUCAGACCCUGAAGUUGUGGGUUCGAAUCCUACCACUGACACUGUGUGACCCUGAGCAAGUCACUGGACCUGCCGGUGCUUCAAUUGGAGAAAACAAAAUGGGAUAUAACCAAUUGUAUCUCAAACAUUGUAAGUCACUUUAGAUAGAAGCGCUGGCCAAAUAAAUAAUUGUAAAUGUUACGAAAAUGACCUUUCAAAGAUCAUUGAAAAGGCAGCGUCAGUUUAAUGUCCAAACCUCAUGACAGAAUCUUAAUAAUAGUGUAAGGCAGGGGGAGAGGCAGCCAUUUUAGUUUCACAGGAAUACACCAUUUACACAGACCACUCUCUAUUCUACACAACAUGAGACUGGACUGAAGGAAAAUCUCACACUGAAUGUCACUGUUGCUAACCGUCUUGCACCUUUGAACUGGGAAAGUGAGCUAGGAAGAGGACGAGAGACUCUUUAGUCCAUUUCUUUGGCCAUUCCAUGGUCUGUUCAGUGCUCUGCAGAUGUGGUAACUUGCAUCUGCCUUUCUUACUGAGUUCAAACAGAGGCCUGUUCAGUGUGAUUAGCUUAUUAUUUUGUAACACAUACAAAGUAAUCAGAACACUGACCUUCACAGCAAGACCCCCUUAUCUCAAAGGCAUAACGCUCAAGUAGCAAAGACCUUCCUUGCACUCUUGUGCAAACGUAGGAACAGGCCCAGGACUGGUGGCACUCUUUUUAGAUGUAAGAUUUUCAAAGGGAGCAGCAACUUUAAAAGAUAUUACUCCAUAAACAAGCCAAUUUUUAAGCUAAUAACGUGUUUAUUUUAAAACAACUGUUUCAAAAUAAAUAUUAAUUUGGAAAAGGCAAAGAAAUGACAAAGAAAACUAUCAAUUUUAAUAAAUUGAAAAAUGUCAUUAAAUGGUUCAAUAUGCCACUUACUACUGUUAGGAUAAUCAAGAAGCUCAGACCUUCCAGGCUAAGUUCGUACCCCACAACUCUCUUUACUCCACGCUGAUGUGGCGACGCUCACACUGCACUUCACAAAUUGCAAAAUCUUUCUCCCAGACAAAGAGCAUCUGAUCCCAGAACUCCAUUGUCUUCUAAAAACACACAAGUGACUUUGCUAAAAGUCAUCAUAAAGUCAUUCAAGCUCUUGCCAGAGUUCCAGCAGCUUCUGCAGCACUUCUUAGCUCCACACAGGCUGUCGGAAGGUUUGACAACAUUUUAUAGUUGUACCUGCCUUGUCCCCCUGGCUGUUGCUUAUGCCUGACCUCACAAUUAAUAAUCGUAUAUCCACUCGCACAUUAAGAUUUUGUGCCAGUAGAUUCAAACUUGCUUGAAAUGUUUGGGCCAUUGACCGUAACUGAAGAUGGGUCAGAAGAGUCACUUAAACACUGGUGUUUUGCUGUAAGCAAAUCUGAACUAAAAUCUUGUAGUGUGAACUGAAAAUGGCAAUGGAAAGAAAAAAAAAAUCUAAAACUGAGUCUACACAGAAUCCACGUUUGCUCUGCUGGCUGAUCAUCCAGCCCCUCACUGGACGUUGUAACAGCACACCCUGCCACAGGCAAAUGUAAGUGACUGGCAGAAUGCAGUUAGGCCUUGACAUGAGAUCCAACUCCAGUUCCAAAAGGGAUGACCAGAGCAUAAAGUCAUUGACAUCUGACACCACCACCAGAUGCAGGAGCUGAAGCAACACUUCACAGGAUUCCUAACAUCUCAGUCAUAAUCACUUUCUCUCUGUGCCCCUGUGCUGUUUUUGAAGAACUUACUUCACAGGGAAGAUGGCAGUGGCAGUCUAUCCCCUUGUGACCAUCACAGAUGGUGGCAGCAGUGGGAUGAGCUGUGGUGGUGAAGAAUGAAGAGCAGAACAGGAUUCAGCAAGUGGGUUUGGUGCCAGACUGAUUUUAAAGAACCCAGAGACUCAAACCUAAUAGACAUUUUGGAAUUCUGAACUUUUAAUGGACUAUUUAUUACUGAUUUUUAUUGUCUUUUGAAGUGCUUAUUCUUUUAAUGUCCUUAUUUUAGAAAGGGGGGGGGGGGGCUUGGGUUUGGUUUUAGUGCUUUUAUUGAUUUUGUGUGGUGAUAGGGCCACGCCACAGACCUGGCUCACUGGUUGCACUGUUUAGGAGGAGUGUGGAGCGUGCCCAUGCAACAGGUGGCCUUGUGGUGGGUGGGGUGUGAUAAGUGGUCUGUGGCGCUGUGUAGAUUUUACGUAAAUAAUCGAGAUCUGAGCGUGUGCGGGCUCAGAACUGGGUGCAGGUGUGUGCAUGAUAGCGCUGGUCUGGGGUUGAGGGUAGUGCUUGACUGAUCACACACACGUGACUGCGAGGGGAUCAGUUAGGUGCCACCUUCAUGCCAUGGAGGGUCACAUCUGCGCCAGAUCAAGGCAAUGUAAGGGGAGCCUGCACAGCUGAGAUGGAUAGACGGAAAGAAAGGAAAUAGAUGAGAAGGAAAAGGGAGGUUAAAGAUAGAAGAAUGAAGGCACGAUUGGGAGACACCAGCAUGUGAGGGGAAGGAGGCAGGCAGCCAGGAGGAGAGAGCCCCUUGGAGGAGCAUAGGGCCGACACUCGGGGGCUGAAGAGGGUCACUCUGCCUGAGUGUCUUUAGGAAGCUGGAGUGACCCGUUGCUGAGGAGGGGCGGUGGAAGUGAGAGAAUGGUGGCUCAGUGCAGCGUCCUACCAAGGCCAUAGCUAGCAGCAGGGCCCCGAGCCUGGAAUUAAAGGGUUGGCUGUGCCUGUCGGUUGGGCAUCUCCUCUGCUGCAGGAUCUCGUGUGGGGUAAGCAGAAGAGAUUUUGGUUUUAAAAAAGAUGCACCUGGAACUUUUAGUUUUUAGAUUUGAUUCCUGCCUUGGAAUUUUAAUCUGUUUUUCAUAUUUAUUUCUUGGAUAUUUUAACCUCCACAUUUUCACUAUUUUUAAUGGAUUAUUUUAUUGAAGAUUUGAAUCACUGCACUGUUUUUCUUUUGAGAUUUUAAUAAAAGCACUUGAACAGUUUUUUUUACCCCUUUCAACUAUCAAUGAUUCAGCCAACCUGGUCUGUCACACCUCUCUAAAAUGUAACCUUUUUGGUCUUUGAGGGGAGAGAUUUGUGAUCCCAAAUUAUUUAG